UUGAAGAACAUCUAGCUUUGGAAAAGGGAGUUAGAACCACUACGCAGAUUCAGAACAACACUGUGUGACAUAGUUAUGCCUUUUCGGCAGCUAUUUUGCAUGCACCAACAGAAGAGCAAGCGACAGCAAUGGCGACCCUUGAAGACAAAAAGCUUUGCAGAGCCCAAUAAUCUUAGCCAACAGAACUAUCACAGUUUGCUGGCAGAGUGCUUGAAGAAAGGGUGUUUGUUUGAAGACCUGUCCUUCCCAGCAGAUGUGAGAUCCAUAGGCACAGGACCAUUGCUCCAGAAACUGCCCCAAAAGAUACAGUGGAAGAGGCCACAUGAGCUGCAUAAGAAUCCAAUCUUUUAUUCUACCAACAAAAAAAGGCUUGCACUAUGUCAAGGACCGAUAGAGAACUGCUGGUUUUUGGCUGCAGUGGAAGCAUUAACAUUUCAUGAAGACAUUUUAUUUAAUGUGGUACCACGAAACCAGAGCUUUGAGAGGAAGAAAUAUGCUGGAAUAUUUCAUUUCAAGUUCUGGCAUUUUGGAGAAUGGAUUGAUGUUGUAGUAGAUGAUCGACUACCAGUAAAUGAAACUGGUCAGCUUGUUUUUCUUUCUUCUGCUAAUAAGAACCUAUUCUGGGGAGCUCUUCUGGAAAAAGCUUAUGCCAAGCUGUGUGGUUCUUAUGAAGAUCUACAGAUUGGGCAAGUGUCGGAAGCGCUGGUAGAUUUCACAGGGGGAGUUAAUAUGACAAUAAAGUUGGCUGAUGCAUCACCUGAUCUCUGGGACAUCUUGAUAAGAGCAACCUACAGCAGCUCGCUCAUGGGGUGCCAGACUCAUGCAGGGCCAACAAGAGUCCUAGCAAAUGGCUUAGUGGCUGGUCACGCCUAUGCUGUGACUGGCAUUCGAAAGGUGACAUGCAAACAUGGACCUGAAAAUUUAGUAAGGCUAAGAAAUCCCUGGGGAAAAGUUGAGUGGAAAGGGGAUUGGAGUGACAGCUCUGGAAAAUGGGAGCUGCUCAGCCCCAAAGAGAAGAUUUUGCUACGAAGAAAUUCCGAUGAUGGAGAAUUCUGGAUGUCACUGGAAGACUUGAAAAUUCAUUUUGUGGAUCUGAGUGUCUGUAUGACUCCUGAUCUCAUGAGUCCGGAAGAUGGGAAGAAGUGGAUGUGCUCCAUGCAGUUUGGCAAAUGGAUCAAAGGAAGCACAGCAGGUGGCAAAUGGAAGAACUUCAGCGGUUCUUUUUGGAUGAAUCCCCAAUACUUGUUGAAAGUUUUGCCAGGCAACGGAAGCAAAAGAUCUUUAUACUUCUGCAACGUGUUGGUGUCUCUGAUCCAAAAACAUAGUGGCAAACAUCGGAAUUGGGUCCCUCAUUUGCACAUAGGAUUAUCACUUUAUAAGGUCGACCAGGAGUCCUGCGAUAAUAAUAAAAAGCUGCCUCAUUCUUUCUUCAUCUGGAACAAACCUUUGGGUCAGUCGCUCUUUGUGAAUGAUAGGGAAGUGACUCAGGAUUUCCGCCUCCCUCCUGGGACUUACGUGGUGGUUCCCUCUACCUUUGAACCUCAUCAGGAGUCAGAGUUCAUCUUGAGAAUCUUCUCCAGAAAGCACAGCCUGCAUGAAUUGGGUGGAGACUUGAACUGUGUCCUUUCAAAGGAAAUAGUUGAUAAACAUGAAGAUUGUGAAGAAUUCUUCUCUACGUAUUUUGAGCAAUAUCCUGAAGUAAACGCAGUGCAGCUGCAAAGGAUCCUAAACAGGAUGACAUGGAGAAGUAUAUCUGGUAUGGGAUUCUAAAACUCAGUAUGUAUU